GCGCUGCAAUUUCAGUUCAGAGAUGUCACCAACGAUCAGCGUGGAAUGUCGCACUUUAAUUGGACUCUGGACACGGGCACCAACUACCACAUACUGAGAACCGGCUGCUAUCCCUAUAUGAAGUACCACUGCAGCAGGCGCGAGGUGCAGGAUCUGUCGCUCGAGGACAAGUUCUUCCGUGUGCUGAAAGUGAUCAAUCUGGGCUUACCUAUGCUCUUCUAUGGACUGGCUGCCAUUCGCUUAAUUAGCCACACAGAGAUCGUGCACGUCAGCGAGACGGUAAAGGUGCCAAUCUAUUUUCUAUAUGCCGAGGAUAAGGGGGCUCGGUUUUAAUUUUGAAUCCAAAUGGGAAAUGAAAACAUUUGACAACUGGGCUGC